GUAUUUAGCACAGUUCUCUGCAAAGGUUAGUGUUUUUUUAGAAGCGUUUACGCGUUUUUAGAGAAAUUGUAUAAUUUGGAGAAUAAUAUAACUGCGUAUCUCAUAUUUUUGCGUAAUCAGUUCUUUAAUAGUCCUACAAAAUGGCACACUACAAGGGGGCAGCCAGCGAGGCUGGAAGAGCCAUGCAAUUAAUGAAAAAACGCGAAAAGGAAAUGCAAGAUUUGGAGCUUCGCAAGAAACGAAUAGAAGAGGAUUUGAAGUUAAAUAACAUCGAAAAUAAAUUUGCAACUCAUUACGAUGCCGUGGAACAACAACUAAAGAGCUCAACGAUAGGUUUAGUCACCCUGGAUGAGAUGAAAGCAAAGCAGGAGAACAUUGUAAAAGAACGCGAGAAAAAACUAGCCCAGAAACAAGCCGAGAAAGAACGCGAGAAACAAAGACAACUUGAAGCGAAACUAGCUGAAAAAAAUAAACAGAAGAAACAGAUUCAAGCACUUUCAUUCAACUUGGACGAGGAAGAAUGUGAUGGUGAAAGCGAGGAAGUUGAAAAAGCAUGGAAGAGAGAAGCUGAGGAUGUUCCCACAAUUACGAAGAAAAUCAAAAAGGAUCCAAAUGUCGACACAAGCUUCCUUCCAGACAGAGAACGCGAAGAAGAAGAAAACAGAUUGAGGGAAGAAUUGAGACAAAAGUGGGCUGAGCAGCAACAAAAACUCAAAGAGGAAGAAAUUGACAUCACGUUCAGUUAUUGGGAUGGCUCAGGGCACAGAAGAACAGUCAGAGUGAAGAAGGGUAACUCAAUUUACCAAUUCUUGCAAAAGGUCUUAGAAUUACUGCGGCGUGAAUUUUCUGAAUUGAAAACUGUAAUGGCUGAUCAGCUCAUGUAUGUGAAAGAAGACUUAAUUCUACCUCAUCACUACACCUUCUAUGACUUCAUUGUAACAAAAGCACGAGGCAAAAGUGGCCCUCUUUUCCAGUUUGAUGUCCAUGAUGAUGUCAGAUUGGUAAGUGACGCUUCCGUUGAAAAGGAAGAGUCACACGCCGGUAAAGUUCUGCUGAGAAGUUGGUAUGAAAGAAACAAACAUAUCUUUCCUGCUAGCAGGUGGGAACCUUACGACCCAACAAAGACAUACGACAAAUACACAGUUUCUGACAAAAACAAGAAAUUGUAAUUUUAUUCUAAAUAAAGUUAAUCAAUUUUUGUCGUUUCUACUUUCGCUAAUUCAUCAUCAGGAAAUAAUAAUUCUGCUGGCUUUUUCCAAAAUCCCUCUUCAUCAUAUGGUAAUCGAUUGGUUAUAUCAGUACUCCAGUGGUGGAUUCUACAUCUGACUUUAACUGUUUCCGUUUUGUUUAUCUGCAAUAGGAAAAAUAUUGAUUGUUGUUUAUCA